AGCCCGGAAGCUGCCCUUUCAGCAGGCGAUCUGAGAGAAGAUGGCGGACGCGGUGGUAGCUGAUGGAGAGAAUAAAAUCAGCAAAAGGUCUGUGCUGUAGCUGGAGUAACACUCUGUGUUCACCAUGCUUUCCAUGGUCAGAGCUGCUAGGCAGCAGGUGUUCCGAGCCUUUGGGGUCAGGGGUCAGAGGGCAAAAUUUGCUCACCCCAGCACAGCUGCCUUCCCUUCGUUCUUCCAGGGAAAUCGAUGUCGAGGUGACAAAAGUGAACUGAAGAGGCGACUCAAGGCGGAGAAGAAGGCAGCAGAGAAGGAUCUCAAGGCCAGAGAACAAACAGAGCAGAAGAAGGAGUCAGGAGAGAAGAAAGAUCAGAACCUGUAUGGCUCUGAGGAGGAGACGCUCGAUCCUAAUCAAUACUUCAAGAUCCGCACUCAGGCCAUCCAGUCACUGAAAGGCGGACCAGAGGACCCGUACCCUCACAAGUUCCAUGUGGACCUGUCUCUCACCGAGUUUAUUGAGAAGUACUCACACCUGCAGCCUGGAGACCAGCUGACAGAUGUCGUUCUCAAUGUAUCUGGGCGUGUCCAUGCCAAGCGAGCGUCAGGGGCCAAGCUGCUGUUCUACGACCUGCGAGGAGAGGGGGUGAAGCUGCAGGUGAUGGCAAACUCUAGGAACUAUAAGUCGGAGGAGGAGUUUGUACACAUCAACGCGAAGCUGCGGCGCGGCGACAUCAUCGGGGUGCGCGGCAACCCGGGGAAGACGAAGAAGGGGGAGCUGAGCAUUAUCCCCGUCGAGAUGACGCUGUUGUCCCCCUGCCUGCACAUGCUCCCCCACCUGCACUUCGGCCUCAAGGACAAGGAAACUCGGUACCGUCAGCGCUAUCUAGAUCUCAUCCUGAAUGACUUUGUGCGGCAGAAGUUCAUCACGCGUGCCAAGAUCAUCACCUACCUGCGCAGCUUCCUGGACCAGCUGGGCUUCCUGGAGAUCGAGACGCCAAUGAUGAAUCUGAUCCCUGGGGGCGCUGUGGCUCGGCCCUUCAUCACCUAUCAUAACGAGCUGGACAUGAACCUGUACAUGCGGAUCGCCCCUGAGCUCUACCACAAGAUGCUUGUGGUCGGAGGGAUGGACCGGGUGUAUGAGAUUGGGAGGCAGUUCAGAAACGAGGGCAUCGACCUCACGCAUAAUCCAGAGUUCACCACCUGUGAGUUCUAUAUGGCCUACGCAGACUACCAAGAUCUGAUGGAGAUUACAGAGAAGCUGCUCUCAGGAAUGGUUAAGCACAUCACUGGGGGGUAUAAAGUCACAUACCACCCUGACGGUCCAGAAGGCCAGGCUUAUGAGAUUGACUUCACUCCCCCAUUCAGAAGGGUCAGCAUGGUGCAUGAUCUGGAGAAGCAGAUGGGGGUCAAAUUCCCUUCUCCUGACACAUUCGACAGUGACGAGACCCGUAAAUUCUUAGAUGAGCUGUGUAUCCAGAAAGGAGUGGAGUGCCCUUCGCCCAGAACUACAGCCCGCCUCCUCGAUAAGCUGGUUGGAGACUUCUUAGAAGUGACCUGUAUCAACCCCACCUUCAUUUGUGACCACCCUCAGAUCAUGAGCCCUCUGGCUAAAUGGCACCGAUCUCAGAAGGGGCUGACGGAGCGAUUUGAGCUCUUCGUAAUGAAGAAGGAGAUCUGUAAUGCCUACACUGAGUUAAAUGACCCAGUAAGACAGCGGGAGCUGUUUGAACAGCAAGCCAAGGCAAAGGCAGAGGGCGACGAUGAGGCCAUGUUCAUUGACGAGACGUUCUGCACGGCUCUGGAGUAUGGGCUGCCUCCCACCGCGGGCUGGGGCAUGGGCAUCGACCGGCUCGCCAUGUUCCUCACGGACUCCAACAACAUCAAGGAAGUGCUGCUUUUCCCGGCCAUGAAACCAGAUGACAACAAGCCUGUGCCCCCCGCUGAAGGAACGUCAGUGUAGCAGAGCAACGUCUGAUACUUUUUACCUGCAGAGAGAUCACUGCAGGGACCGGAUGAGUCUGUUCAUGUCAAAGUUUCAUGUUGGCACAUCCUUUAAUGGCUGUUUUAAGAUUAAGGAAAGGGACUGGUUUUUACUUUAACAACUGAAUAAAUGAUACAAAGAUUGGAAAUUU